ACAGGAAGUCAGCUGGGACUCCACUAACCAGUCUAUGCAACCGUGGUGAGGAGAAAAGCAGAGGACACUUUAGGUUGGACUUCUGACCGUCAAGAUUUGAAACAAGCCUGCACAGACUCACCUGAACUGGACAGGUGAAGAAUCUCCAAAUGUACAGUUUUCUUAGACAGUGAGAAUAUUUCUGUUAUGUAGAAUCUACUGCAUUGCACAAUAAUGUAGCAAAAUCAUUUUUGGGUCAAUGUUUUUACUGGGUUUUUCCCACGGGGAACUAACGGAGCAAGUGAAAAUAAAAUAUCACCGGACAAAUAAAAAAGUGAAAGUCCCUUGAAGAAAAAACCCUCCUCCUCACUCUGCUUAUUUAACUCUCAAAACUUGACUUAGUCUCUCACAUUAUCAGUCCGGCUUCAAAAUGAAAGCUGCAACUCUACCACUGCUGUUCUUCAUCAUCUUUGCACUGACUGCAAUGGUUUGCGAAGGACUGAUACAAGGAAAAGCACAGCGUUGUUUUUGCCAAAAGAAUACACAGGAAAGGGUAAAACCUGCCCUUGUGAAGACGUUAGAGAUAUUCCCUCCAAGCGCCUCCUGUGCAAAGACUGAGAUCAUAUUAACCCUGAAGAAAGGAAGGCAGGUCUGCCUGAAUCCAGACGGAAGCCAAGGACAGAAAUUCUUAACUGGAAAGAAGCAAAAGAACAAGUCCAAGGAACAACAAGGCAAGAAGCAGAUGAAGAACAAGCCACAAAACUAAAAGAAAUCUACAGCUGAUUACAGCAGCUUAAUAGUCUCUGAUUUAAGUGAUUUCUACAGACAUGAUUGCUCAGCCUUUUCCCUUGAUUUACUUUCCAGAGCAAAAUCAAUUACCAUGAUAUAUACAGGUUCAUAGAAAUGAAGUCAAAGUCAUCACGGUAUGUGUGUAUAUGUCUUUUUGUAUAUGUCAUAUUUACUCUGAUUUAUACUGAUGAGCUGUCAAACACCCUCAGGAAAUAAUCCUGCAUGCUUUUGUGUGUGUAUCAAAAAUCUAACCUGUCCUAUUUCUAGUUAAAUAAUUACAAGAAAUAAAUGUUUUUCUUACUAAUUAUUACUUCUAAUCAAAUGACCUGACAGUAGCUGAUAAAAAUAAUAAUAAUAAUACAUACACAAUGAUAGUACACAAUUAACAUUUAACAAUAUUAAACUGAUUGACUACUUGAUGAAGUGAAAGCUGAAGCAAAAAAAAAAAUGAAAUAAAACCUUAAUACAAAUGGAAUACA